AUGGCGAGCCAGACAGAUAGGGCCAACACGAUUGGCUUCAUCGGCCUGGGUGCUAUGGGAAACCACAUGCUGCACAACCUCGUCACCCGAUAUACGCCCCCCCGAGAUGGCGGCCAGACAGCAUACGCCCUCUUCGACGUCAACGAGGCCGCUGUGGAUAGCGUCAUCAAGCACCACAGCAUAGAGACCCCCGAGGUCCCGCUCGUGAAGUGCUCCUCGCCACACGACGUGGCCAAGCACGCCUCGAUAAUCAUCAGCAUGGUUCCCACGGGCAAGCACUGGCGCGACGUGUACGUCGGAGGAGACAAGAGCGUCCUGAGUGCCCUCAGGACGCUCAGCGAUACCGAACGCUCGGCGACCCUUUGCAUGGACGAGUCCACCAUCGAGCAGAGCGUCAGCAAGGAGGUUGCGCUGGAGCUCCGGAGCGCCGGUGCCGACCUGCUGGAUGCCCCGGUGUCGGGAGGUGUGGUUGGCGCGGAAAACGGCACCCUAGCCAUCAUGGUUGGUGGCGACAAGGCCUCGUUCGACCGCUCGGUCCCUGUCCUGCAGUCCAUGGCUCGCAAGGUCACUCACUGCGGCGAUCUCGGAGCCGGGCUGGCAGCCAAGAUUGCCAACAACCUUUUGCUUGGGAUCACUAUGCUUGGGCUAAGUGAGGCUAUGCUUCUUGGCAAGAGGCUCGGAGUUGACCCUCAGGUGCUCGCCGACAUAAUCAACACUUCCACUGGUCGCUGCUGGUCUAGCGAGAUUAAUCACCCAGUCCCCGAGGUAAAGGUCGGAGAGUUGAGUCCUCCGGCCCACCGCGGCUACAGAGGCGGCUUUGUGACCAAGCUGGCACACAAGGACCUCGCCCUGGCGGUCAAGGCCGCUGAGCACACCGGCGUCCCCCUCAGCGUCGGAAGAUGCGUGGAGGAGACCUACAGGCCCUUGGCGGCUUCCAAGGAGUUUGCUGACCGGGACUUCAGUGUAGUCUACGAGGCCCUCGACGCUCUCGGCUCUUCAGCGGGAAACGCUAAGUUGUAG